GCCUGAAACAAUAUAAAAACCCUACAAAGGUGAGGAAAUGAGGAGAGACUGAGGAUUACCACUAAUGACAUGACAUUCCUGUAAGACUCCGCCUGUCCUGACCCAUGCUCCAAGGGAGAAGUUACGUAAUCACUGGUUGUCAGCCAGAGGAGAAAGUGUAGAGCUGCAGUCACAUGCAGCACCCAGGACCACACAGAAGAUCAGAUGGAGGAGUCUCAGUUCUACCGAUGGCUUCACCUGUUGGGUCUCCUGGCUCUAUCAUAUCUGGUCCUGAAACAGGUGUGGACCCUGCUGAUCGGGAUCAAAAACCAUAUACUCUCCCGGUGGUGGAAGACUAACCUCAAGAAGAAGUAUGGAGGAUGGGCAGUGGUAACUGGAGCGACAGAUGGAAUCGGGAAGGCCUACGCGAUGGAGUUGGCCAUGAGAGGCUUCGAUGUUGUCCUCAUCAGCCGGAAUGUAGAGAAACUACAAAAAGUUGCUCAGGAGAUAGAGAAACAGAGCAGCCAAAAAACCAAGAUCAUCCAAGUGGACUUCAUGGGAGGGUCUGAGAUUUAUUCAAAGGUGGAGAAGGCUUUAAAGGACCUGGAUAUCGGAAUUUUAGUGAAUAAUGUUGGGAUGACUUACCACCGUGAACUAAAAAGAUUUCUUGAGGUCCCUGAUAUUAACAAGAUGACCCGGAUUGUGUUACCCAGAAUGGUGCUGAGGAAAAAAGGUCUGAUCAUAAACAUCUCCUCCGGUGCCGGGGCUCGUCCUUAUCCAAUGAGCACUAUGUAUGGCGCUACUAAGGCUUUCAUGGACUUUUUCUCCCGCUCCCUACACUAUGAGUACAGAUCUGAUGGGAUUACAGUUCAGUCUGUUAUGCCACUCUACGUGUCCACCAACAUGACCCACAACAUGAGAACCAACAUUCUGGUGAAGACCAGUGAUGACUAUGCCCGGGAAGCUCUGAACACCGUGGGGUACUCUCAUCGUACCAAUGGCUGCCUCUCCCACUGCCUCCAGAGUUACAUCCUUGACCACCUGCUGAGUGAGACAAUCAUGACCUUCCUGAUCGUGCACUUUGUUUCCGACUACACCAUAAAUCUGAUAAUCAAGAAGCUGAAAGUGAAAUAGAGCCAUCAAUAAAUAAUCGAGAAAGU